ACUGUUCUGCUGGUCCCCUUUUCCUUACCGCAGCUUGUCAGCUUCACCCUAGCCGCCGUUUCCGCUAUGUUUAAUCAAGCAUGAAGCUCGAGCGCUGCCGUUUCCCGGACCGACUCUGUCCAAUCGCGGAUCCACCAAUGAUUUAGUGCCGUUCUUUCUUAAUCGCUUCUGGUGAUCGGCGUUUGUGCGAGAACCUCUGCUCGCCGCGUCAACCCCUCGCCAGCUUCCGUCGAUCGCGCUUUUCACACCGCCUCCCCUUCUGCGUCUCGCUAAACGCCGCUGGUUUCAAUACGGAUCUGGACUUUCCGGGCCGUGCGAGACCGCCGCGCAUCUCGUCUCCUCUAUCACUACCAACGCGGCCCAACAUUGCGUCAACCCCUCAAGACGCAUCGUGAUAAUUUUCCACGCUCGUCGAUCUUGCAAGGCGUAUCAUUUGUUUUUUUUUUGGCCCUGGACGCGAUCUGCGGUGCUGUCCAGUCUACCAUCCAUCGUCAGCCUCUUCUUCUCGUCCAUCGUCUGGUCAACCUUCUUUCGUUGGAGGGCAACAAGUCGCCUCUAUCCUUCCGCCAUCGUCGAUUUCGAGGUCGUUCCGCAAGAUCCGACGCACCUCCUGCAGCACCCUCCGAUCCGCGGUUGUCUCGGACUCUGCUGCCGCUGGAUUCCGAUUCGCGGCUUAUUGGAUCGGCCAGUCUCCCCCCGCUCAUCGCGUUGCCUGCGACGCGUCCCUGCCUAGCUCGUCCCCGCUGGGCUCGUCUCCGCUGGGCUCGUCUCCUCUGGGCUCGUCCCCGCUGGGCGCGUGCCUGCCUGGUUGGAGUUUACCUUCACCCGUACGCCGUCUUUCCGGGCGCUUCAAAGGUCUCACCUCCGCUUCGUAUCUGCUUGUCGCAACGGAAGGCGGUUUCGCUCAAGGGUUUCGGACAGUGUGAAGACCAAGGAUCGGUUGCGUGUCGUUCGAGUGAGCAGCGAUCUUCGCUCCUCCAUCAUCUCCUCUCAUCGCCACUCUUAUUGACAGGCUCUAGUACCUCGCUUCGUCUCGCAUCGUCUCGCAUCGUCUCGCCUCGCUUCGCCUCGCCUCGCCUCCUCUCUCCUCAUCCCUUCUUGCCUCGCCUCACCACCAGCUGUCGCGCCGAUUCGAUCGAGUGCACCUCGCCGGUCGCGUGCAUCAUCCCUCCCUCCCGAUCCUAACCGUCAUCCUCUGCUCUCCCGCGGCUUCCUGCCGUGAGCGUCCUUCAUCCCGGCUUCCCCCCUGCUCCUCCAUCUUCGGCUCCUCGUCCCUAGCCACGCCCUCUCCGCACUCGCCGCCCUCCUCACUCGCCCACUCUCCCCACUCGCCGCUCUCCCCACUCGCCGCUCUCCCUUCUCGCCGCUCUCCCCUCUCGCCGCUCUCCCCUCUCGCCGCUCGCCCAUCGACUCCGCCUGGACGUCCUAUUUUCAUCUCUCCUGUCUACUCAUCACCACAUCCGCCAGUGGUCUAUAGCAGCGGCAUAGUCGGUUCGGAGUGCGUCUCAAGGAGGUCGCCAGCUUAUCACGCUGACUCGGCGAUUUCUUUCUGGCCAUCGUGCCUCUUCACGGGCUCCUUCGCCUCUCAUUCUCAUUCGCCUCCUUCGCCUAUCACUCGCCUCCUUUGCCUCGCGCGUCUCCCACCCACAUAUGCUGUCCGCGCGACUCUUGACUGGAACGUCGUCGGAGUCCAUUUGAAUCUUCAACGCGCUAUUGAACGCGCUAUUAGGAGUCAGGAGUCAGAAGGGAAGUGGUUACGCGUACGCGCUGUCAGGAGUCAGACGGCCUGCAUUCAACAGCCACGGCAGUCCGCCUCCGCGUUGUGCGCAAGUAACAGCAGGGCUUCGAGAUACCCGCUAGUCCCCUUCCGUCUUUUCGUCACCCGUUCCUUGGCCAGUCAACGCGAGGCCGCUAUCUAGGAGUGGCAGUGGAGCCUGCUUCUCGUCGCUCUUUCAGGCGCCGUGAAAAGCUUUUCUCCGCUCGGCACGCGCGCCUGGGUGGACAGAGGACGCGGCGUUUGGGGGCGGAUCUGUUUUUGAGGCGCCUCAGAAAUAUACUAUCUAGGAGUGG